UCCCUCCAGCUCUCCGUCCCUCUAGCUCUUCCUGUGCUAACUGCCUGCGCCUUAGGGUGCGCAAAGCCAAAGGACUGGUUGGGACCUGCCUUGGUGAUCCCAUGGCAUCCCCCAGAACCGUAACUGUCGUGGCUCUCUCAGUGGCCCUGGGACUCUUCUUUGUUUUCAUGGGAACUAUCAAGUUGACCCCCAGGCUCAGCAAGGAUGCCCACAGUGAGAUGAAGCGUGCUUACAAGAGCUAUGUCCGAGCCCUCCCUCUGCUGAAGAAAAUGGGGAUCGAUUCCAUUGUCCUCCGCGAAAGCAUUGGUGCUCUUGAGGUGGUCUGUGGCAUUGUCAUGACCCUGGUGCCUGGGCGUCCCAAAGAUGUGGCCAAUUUCUUCCUACUCUUGCUGGUGUUGGCUGUACUCUUCUUCCAUCAGCUAGUUGGUGAUCCUCUCAAACGCUAUGCCCAUGCUCUGGUGUUUGGAAUGCUGCUUACCUGCCGCCUGUUGAUUGCCUGCAAGCCGGAAGACCCGUCUUCUGAAAAGAAGCCCUCACCACCACCAGGGCAAGCGGGGAAUGUCGAGAAUGCAGAGGAGCAGUCCUCCUUAUAUGAGAAGGCCCCUCAGGGCAAAAUGAAGUUGUCAUAGGAAAGCAAAAGUGCAAAAAGUGGACCUUCCAGGCAGUUGCCUCCAUGACACCCAGGAAGAUGCCAGUGUGUGUUUUUCAUUUGAUUUAUGUUGAGAGAACGGGAAAAAUAGAAUCUGCAAGUUAA